AUGGAACGGAAAGAUAUGAGUACAUCUCCCAAGUCGCAACAAAUCAUACGAUGUCUGGCCCUUGUCCUUUCGGAUCAAGAAAUCGAAGAGAGAAAUAGGAGUCAGCAAGUGCAACAACCAGUUCAACUGCAUUUGGUUCAGCCACCAAUCCGAGCGCCAGUCCGUUCCGUUUCAUCGCCGCCAGUCCAGCCAGCAGUUCUACAGGUGGUCCAACCACAUGUUGCCCUGCAUGAAGAUCAUGAUGACGAUCAGGAAAUGGAAAGUGAUGAGAUUGCUGAUAAGAUAAUUCUCCAAGAGUUGGAUUUAACAAUUGUUUAUCGCCCUGGUAACCUCAACACCGUUUGUGACGCGUUAUCAAGAUACAUUGGAGAUGAAUCAAAAGAAGUUCGGGAGAAGUCGAAGAAGAUCGCUGACGUCACAAAACCGGAAGUUACUGUAAACUCACUACAACAUGAGGAUUUGAAACGAAUUCAAGAAGAUACUCCAUGGAUUUCGAGGAUUCAGAAGCUGUUACAAGAAGGAAAAUCAAUUUCAGUGGAUAAAUAUGAAGAAAAGGAUGGUAUCGUCUACAUGAAAAAGAAGAACAAUUUGUCAAUUCUCUUACCAAAUGACAAAACGAUAACUCUACCGAUUAUAAAGCAAUAUCAUCAAUCUGCACAUCUUGGAGCACAUCUUGGAUCGGAGAAAACAAUUGCCAAUAUUUCAAGAAGAUUUCAGUGGAAGAAUUUAACGGAUGAUGUCAAAGGAUUUAUUAAACGAUGUGAAGCAUGUCAACGAAGGAAGACCAAUUCACACCAGGAGACAAGAGAACCGCUUGGACAACUGGAACUUCUCGAGCGCCCUUGGGAGCGACUUCAUGCUGACAUUUGUGGACCUUUUCCGAUAACAGCAAAUGGAAAUCGCUAUAUUUUUACAAUCAAGGAUGAUUUCACAAAAUACGUCAUGGCAUUCCCGAUUGAAAAACAAGAUGCAACAACAAUAUGCGAUUGCUUCUCACCGACAACGGAUCCAAUUUCAAGUCAACACUAUUUGAGAGUGGUUCUACAACUUUUGGAAGUAAAACAUUCUCUAACGGCUCCGUAUCAUAAAUCUGCAAACGGAACCAUCGAGAGAGUGCAUCGAACAAUUGAGGAGUCGUUGUCUUCGUUCGUAAACUCCAAACAAACCGACUGGGACCAGAAAUUGCCGUUCAUCAUUUUCUCUAUCAAUUCAUCGCCUCAUGCCGUGACCAAAGUAAGUCCUCAUCGUGCACUUUUUGGUAGAGAAUUAACAACGCCGGAAGAUAUUCAACUGGGACCAAAACCAAAAGACUGCAUUGGUUCAUCGUACUUGGACCUUGAAGAUUUUGAGGAAUGUCUUAAAAGACAUCUUCAAGAUCUCCACAUCAUCAUACAAGAAAGGAUCAAGGAUCAAAUCGGACGGAACAAGGAAAGGCACAUGAAAACGCAUCGUGUCAAAGAAAGGAAAGUGGACAGAUACAAUGUCGAGUAUGCCGAUGGAGAGAAGAGGAAGAUUGCGAAUAAAGAUGAUGUUCGAUUGGAAGGAAGCGGAGAAGAGGAAAUAUCAGAAGAGGAAGACGAUGAAGAAACCCAGGAGGUACCAGAAGAGUCAGAAGAGGAUGAAGACGAUGGAUCAUCAGGAACGGAUCGAAGAAGUUCAAAAAGAAUCGAUGGAAUCAAGAGGAAAGGAAGGAAACGUCAUGAAAAUGGGAGCAACAACAAUGGAAAGCGAGGAGGACUCCAGAAUCGGAAGACCAAAAGCAGAAACGACGAAACCGACAGCAGCAACAAUCUCAGAAGAUCAGAGAGGAUCAAAAACAAAAGAUUUAGUCGAUUCAAAAGUUUAUCAAUGUUCAAAGUAAUGUAUUGUACUGUCUCUUCAUCAUGCUCUUCUCAACUCGACCUCGCUCACGACUCGAAAACAAGUCAAGAUCAUCACUGUAUGGAUCAUCCCACGGACUAUGAUAAGAUGUCAAACGCAAAUGUCAAUGAUGAACGUAAAUUUCAAAACGAUAAACUCGAAUAUCAAGAUGCUGAAUGUUUGAAUGAAUACGAUGUCAAGAUAUGGUCAAUGGCAAGGAGAACAGUUCGAAGAAGUCGAUCGAGGCGAUCGACAUUAAGGAGCGAUGGGAUGUUACCCGAGGGACCGCCUCUUUAUGCGCGUUCCUCGGGCGUACAAGCGGACAAGCGUUUCUCUUUAAUAAAUAGUUGUAAGAUUAAGUACACCGUGUUCAAUGAGUGUUGGGAUCCAACGUUCCUUAAGACCAGGGAACACAGGCUUAUCAAAAUAUCUUUUACAGGAAAUGAGAUAAAUUGGCUUAAAGUCGGCAUCAGAAUGUGGAUUCGAGAAGGGAUUCAAGAACUGGAUCCACCUCAAGACUAUAAUUCAGCACGCUCGAGAUCGAGAAGCCCAAGAGUCGACGACCACGCUCAGCUUCCUCGAGAAAAUGGAGAAGAUCGUCAAGAUCAACUACAUCGAGAAGUUGGAAACGAAGACCAAGAAGAAGAGUUGAUUCGAGAACUGACUCCACUUCAAAGAGAAGUGGGAUACGACUGGUCGUUUGACACUUCUCCUGGAUACUCCCCCGAGCCGAGAGCUGAUACUCCGGGGUACGAUGAACAGCCUACUGCACAACAUGUGCCCCCUCAGCAACCCAUCUACGAGCGAACUCCUAGAGCGCAACUGCCGGAACCCCAGGUUCGCUAUCAAAGAGCGCCGGAGCCGCCAGCCGUCCACGCCCCAUUCAAUUUUGAUAUUCGGGAUGAACAAGCUUUGAGAUAUUGGAAUGAUGCUCCAGAGUCACUGAAGCUGCAAGGUGUUGUCGACAACCUCCAAGUGGAAGCAAAAAAGCUUUUGAAUCUCAUAGACGGAGUCCUACCGCCGAUGAACUUAAAUAAAUCGCAGCUUCUUGUUGUAAGAAUAUCUAUGAAUGAAGAUAGACCUCUCGUUUGUAUUCAAGGAGGGCCAGGAACUGGAAAAACGUAUACGCACAAAUUAUUCUCGAAAAAAAAGACAAAUUAUUCUCGAAUGGAGUCCAAGAUAAAGUUCCCGGGAGAAAAUGGUGUCAUCCGAAUCGACCAAUUAAAUUCUUAUUUAUUUAUUUAA